UAGAACCCACAAGACGCCGCAGAACCUCCGCAGUGGACAGCGUCGGCGGGGAACCUCGGUCGCUAUGUCUGUGCUGGACGUGUUGUGGGAGGACCGCGACGUGCGCUUCGACGUGUCCUCGCAUUACCAGACAGUUAUGACGUGCUGGUUACUUUGCUGAUGGAGACAAAAAAAUAAGAGAGAGUACUAAUCACACAUCCGUCCUCGUUCUGGAUGCAGAAGAUGAGUUGCGGUGACAAGACAAAUGAGCAAAAGGAAUCGUGGAGAUAGCUCAACAGAUGAAAACAAGACCCGGAGAAGUCCUUAUUGACUGUUUAGAUUCGAUUGAAGACACAAAAGGAAAUAAUGGGGAUAGAGGUCGACUCUUAGUAACAAACUUAAGAAUCAUCUGGCAUUCCUUGGCAUUACCCAGAGUCAAUCUUUCUAUUGGUUACAACUGCAUAUUGAAUAUUACAACAAGAACUACUAACUCCAAACUACGAGGCCAAACUGAAGCUCUUUAUAUGCUGACAAAAUGUAACGCCACCCGAUUUGAGUUUAUUUUCACAAAUCUGGUUCCUGGAAGCCCUAGACUUUUUACUUCUGUGAUCGCUGUGCACAGAGCAUAUGAGACAUCUAAAAUGUACCGUGACUUUAAACUGAGAAGUGCAGUCAUUCAAAACAAGCAGCUGAGGCUGUUACCACAAGAGCACGUGUACGAUAAGAUCAACGGUGUUUGGAAUUUAUCCAGCGACCAGGGAAAUUUAGGAACUUUUUUUAUUACCAACGUGAGGAUUGUGUGGCAUGCAAACAUGAACGACAGUUUUAAUGUCAGCAUACCAUAUCUGCAGAUUCGUUCAAUAAAGAUUAGAGAUUCAAAAUUUGGUUUGGCUCUUGUCAUAGAAAGCUCUCAGCAGAGUGGAGGAUAUGUUCUUGGCUUUAAAAUAGACCCUCUGGAAAAACUACAUGAAUCAGUUAAGGAGAUCAACUCACUUCACAAAGUCUAUUCUGCCAGCCCGAUAUUUGGAGUGAAUUAUGAAAUGGAAGAAAAGCCACAGCCACUUGAAGCUCUGACAGUUGAACAGAUUCCAGAUGAUGUGGAAAUAGACUCUGAUGAUCACACGGAUGCUUUUGUGGCUUAUUUUGCUGAUGGAAAUAAGGUUCCUCACAGAAUGGAUUCCCAGCGGGAGCUUGCAGAGGAACUCCGGCUUUACCAGUCCACCCUUCUUCAGGAUGGUCUAAAAGAUCUCCUGGAAGAGAAAAAAUUCAUCGAUUGCACCCUCAAAGCAGGUGACAGAAGUCUUCCUUGCCACAGACUGAUAUUGUCGGCUUGUAGUCCUUACUUCCGUGAGUAUUUCUUAUCUGAAAUUGAAGAGGAGAAAAAAAAGGAGGUCGCGCUAGAUAACGUGGAUCCUGCUAUCCUUGAUUUGAUCAUCAAAUACCUGUACUCUGCCAGUAUCGAUCUCAAUGAUGCAAACGUGCAAGACAUCUUCGCCCUGUCCAGCCGCUUCCAGAUCCCCUCAGUCUUCACCGUCUGUGUGUCUUACCUUCAGAAACGACUGGCUCCGGGUAACUGUCUGGCCAUCCUAAGAUUGGGUCUUCUCCUUGACUGCCCAAGACUCGCCAUUUCUGCCCGGGAGUUUGUCUCAGAUCGUUUUGUGCAGAUUUGUAAGGAGGAAGACUUCAUGCAGCUGUCUCCGCAGGAGCUGAUCUCCGUCAUUUCAAAUGACGGUCUCAACGUAGAAAAGGAGGAAGUGGUGUUUGAGGCCGUUAUGAAAUGGGUGCGGACAGACAAAGAAAACAGGGCGAAAAGUCUUAGCGAAGUGUUUGAUUGUAUUCGUUUCCGCCUUAUGGCAGAAAAAUACUUCAAAGAUCACGUCGAGAAAGAUGACAUAAUUAAAAGCAACCCCGAAGUCCAGAAGAAAAUUAAAGUUCUAAAAGAUGCUUUUGCAGGCAAACUCCCGGAACCUAGCAAAAACGCUGAGAAGGCAGGGACUGGCGAGGUGAACGGCGAUGUCGGGGAUGAAGACUUACUUCCUGGUUACCUCAAUGAUAUUCCCAGACAUGGAAUGUUCGUUAAAGAUCUCAUUCUCUUGGUCAAUGACACAGCUGCAGUGGCUUACGACCCCAUGGAAAACGAGUGUUACCUUACCGCCUUAGCAGAGCAGAUCCCCAGAAAUCAUUCCAGUAUCGUUACCCAACAAAAUCAGAUCUACGUCGUCGGAGGGCUGUAUGUGGAUGAAGAAAAUAAGGAUCAACCCCUACAGUCCUACUUCUUCCAGCUUGAUAGCAUAACGUCUGAAUGGGUCGGACUUCCUCCUCUACCAUCAGCCAGGUGUCUCUUUGGUUUGGGAGAGGUGGACGACAAAAUCUAUGUGGUUGCCGGCAAAGACCUCCAAACAGAAGCUUCGCUAGACUCCGUCCUAUGCUAUGACCCCGCGGCUGCAAAAUGGAGUGAAGUGAAAAAUCUUCCUAUUAAAGUUUAUGGCCAUAAUGUGAUUUCCCAUAACGGGAUGAUCUACUGUCUAGGCGGAAAGACAGACGACAAAAAGUGUACCAACAGAAUGUUUAUCUACAACCCCAAAAAGGGAGACUGGAAAGAUCUGGCUCCGAUGAAGACCCCUCGUUCCAUGUUUGGAGUGGCAAUCCAUAAAGGCAAAAUUGUAAUCGCAGGGGGUGUCACCGAGGACGGUCUCUCUGCUUCAGUUGAAGCUUUCGACCUGAAGACCAAUAAAUGGGAAGUGAUGACGGAAUUUCCCCAAGAAAGAAGCUCCAUCAGUCUGGUCAGCUUGGCUGGAUCCCUGUACGCCAUCGGUGGUUUUGCAAUGAUCCAACUGGAAUCGAAAGAGUUUGCACCCACUGAAGUCAAUGACAUAUGGAAGUAUGAAGAUGAUAAAAAAGAAUGGGCUGGGAUGUUGAAGGAAAUACGUUAUGCUUCCGGAGCUAGUUGCCUAGCAACACGCUUAAAUCUGUUCAAACUGUCUAAACUAUAAACAAGGUGACAAAAAUAAUCGUUUGAGAAGUGGCUUGUUGGGACAAGAGGCCUAUAAUUUAUUGUCUUUCUUUAAACCUGUACAAUGAUUCAUGUAGAGUCUCUGAGGUUGACAGUGUAGCCAGAUCUCAGAGUCACUGCUUGUUCCAAUGCCGAGUAUAAAACCAUUUGCUAAGAGCUUUAGUGUUCAGUUGAACAAUGUACUUUUGCUAAACUUUACUCAGAGACGUGGGCUUUCUAAAUCUGAACUGUUUACUAAGCCUUUGUAUUCUUAAGGUACAUUUACACUCAUUUUCUAUUGUCAAAGAAAUGCAUAUGUCUACAUUCUAAAGAAAUGUUUGAGUAACAGAACCCUUUCCUCACAUUGUGAGCUAUGACGGGGAUCUUGUGCAUUAUAACGAAGAUGACUGGAAAUGCUGUUUAAGAAAAAUAAUAAAUGAGUUUCAUCUGAA